AUGUUUAGCAAGCUCUCAAGGAAGACUAAAUCAAGAGAGAAACUGCCUCCGCCGGUGCUCCCAAUCACCGAUCUUGACAAUGGCGUUGUUGGCUGGGACCAUCAGCAGGACCCAGAGAUGCCCCUGAACUUUACCCAGUCUCGGAAGUGGCUUAUUGUCUCCUUACUGUCACUCAUCACCGCGAUGACUCCAUUUGCUUCAUCUAUUCUAGCCCCGGCGAUAGAAACUCUCGCCAAGGACCUUCAAGUGUCCUCGCUGACAAUGGCAUCAAUGCCCGUCAGCAUCUUCCUCCUCGGCUAUGCUGUUGGUCCGCUAGUCCUCUCCCCGCUCUCCGAGAUCUACGGACGUUACGUGGUCUUCAUCUCCGCCACUCUCUGGUUCUGUGUCUGGCUCAUAGGCUGUGCCCUUGCCCCAUCCAUCGAAACUCUCGUUUUCUUCCGCUUCAUGUCCGGUCUAGGUGGUUCAGCAUGCCAGACCAUUGGCGGUGCCAUCAUUGCCGAUGUAUUCCCAGUCAGCGAAAGAGGUAGUGCCAUGGCAAUAUGGAUGGCUGGGCCAAUAAUAGGCCCAAGCAUCGGCCCGGUCAUCGGCGGCUUCGUUUCCCAGACCAUUGGAUGGAGGUGGACGAGCUGGAUCACCCUUAUUCCCUCUUUACUGGCUACCAUCGGCUUGGCCAUCCUCUACCCCGAGACAAAUCACAAGGUCCUCAUCGCCCGGAGGACCGAGAAGCUGCGCAAGGAGUUGAACCGUCCGGAACUACGUAGCUGCUACGUGAGCGAGGAUGCUCCCUCUGUGUCCAAGAGCGGAGUGCUUUUGGUUGGCUUAAUCCGUCCCAUCAAGAUGCUCUUCACCUCGAUCAUCAUCUUCGGCGCCUCGCUGUAUAUUGCUUUUGCAUAUGGAUGCCUUUACCUCCUUUUCAACACGAUUCCCAUCGUAUUUGAAAAGACAUAUCACUGGUCAUUGGGCGUUACUGGCUUGGUUUACUUUUCGCUAUUGGCUGGCAAUUUCGUUGGUCUCGCCAUCUUUAGCAGCCUGUCUGAUCGCACCGUGGUUCGGAUGACUCGCGAGAACGAUGGCGUCUAUGAGCCUGAGAUGCGGCUGGUAGACUGUGUCUGGUUCGGACUGUUCCUGCCUGUACCAUUCUUCUGGUACGGCUGGGCUGCAGACCAGGCCGUGCAUCCUGCGGUUACGAUCAUAGGACUCGGCUUCUUUGGCCUCGCGCUGAACGGAAUCUGGCUCCCGACUCAGGCAUACCUGGUUGACGCGUAUGCAGAAUACGCUGCUAGCUGUUUGGCCGCGUUUGCCGUUCUCCGAUGCACGGUGGCAGCUUUCCUGCCAUUAGCAGGGACGCAGAUGUACGACACGCUUGGGGUGGGCUGGGGCACGUCUCUCCUUGGCUUCAUCGCCGUGGGAAUGAUACCCAUUCCAAGUCUUAUUUUCAAGUACGGGAAGGUAUUGCGGGAAAGGUUCCCUGUUCAUUUGUAA